CAUGCAAUCGUUAUAGACGGGCUGCGGGCAAGCUGUUACGGAGCGGGUCCCAUAUUCACUUGCGGGACAAAUGGGGAAAGGUAGAUAAACAGGUUAAGCAGGCUAUGUGGGAUGCCAUAAUGCAAGAAUUUUAUGUACCCGUAUCCGUCGACCAGCGCCUGGCACAGAAUGAAUUCUGGGGUGAUAUGGGCCGUAAGCACCGUUCGUGGAAGUCGAAGUUGAGGACCCAGCUAAAUAUUCGAGACGGUGACACGCCAUUGACAGUACGUGCGAGAAUGCCAGAGACGUUUUUUGAUAAGUAUGACCAAACGGAUGUGGAGGACGUACUGCACGAGUGGUGCACAAAAGUAAAUGUGGAGAGGUCUGAACGAAUGAAGCGGCUGCGGGAGCAGCAAGACAUCCCCCAUAGUCUGGGGUCCAAAAGUUAUGCCAGAUUUAAUCACGAUGAGGCAUCUAUAUCUGGCACGCCCCCCACUCGCGCCGAGUCGUUUGUGAAGACGCACACAAGGAAAGACGGCACUUUCCUGAACGAGCGGACACGGGACCUAUGCGAGCGGAUGACACAGAGUUUGUCCACUGAUCCUGCUGCCUCGGACCCCGUCUCAUCAGAUACGGUGCGUUGGGCACCUGGCGACGCGUACGAGCAAGCGGUUGGGCGACCCGAGUAUGCGGGUAGGGUUCGGCAGGUUGGGCCGAACGUUACUCCUGUUCGCGGGACUUGUUUCUCGUAUAGGGGUCGCACACGGGGGGGACCGGCCGAGGGCACUUCUCAGGAUUGGGCUGCUCACAAAAUUGCGGAGUUGGAGGGCAUAGUGCGGGCCGAGAGAGAGCGGGCUGACAGCAUGGAGCAGCGCAUACGACAGAUUGAUGAUAUGGAGCAGCGCAUGCGACAUUUUGAGGCCUUCAUGUCCUCUACAGGAUUAUCGUUCGUAUGCCCUGGUGCUCAGCAGUCUUCACCUGCACACGUCGGUAGUACGUCAUCUGUUAGUAGUGCGCCUGCAGGUAAUGCGACAACGGUUGGUCCGUUGUCGCCUUCUGGACAAUUGCUGACCCAACAAUCCCCUCUCGGGACUCCUUCGCCCGUUACACCAUCUCUUGCGGGACAAUCGACAGUUGGCGAGCUCACGCCCGGGACUGCACCUCGUGAUCCGCAGAGACGUCCUCCAGAUUUGGUUCCUUGCUAGCUGCUGCAUCAGCGAAUCCUAGC